AGUUUUCAUAAUGUCUGUUGAUCAUGUGCGUCUAGCACAGCUCCGCAAAAAUUUGUCAUCCAAGAGUGCGAUAAUUGCCGCACUAGGAGAGCUAUCGGAGAUGGCGAAUGACAGCGAAACUAUCAAGGACGCGGCCUUCGUCGAAGUGUGCCAUCGAGCCUUCACCGUCCUCAACACGAGGUUCAGCGCGGCUGUGUACUGGCAAGCGGGCCUGGAGCUCUUCCUUAACAUGCAGUUUACGUGUGGGCGGGCAGAUGUCACUUUACCGGACUGUGACGAAUGGGCUGCUCGAGCACUGGAGGAAUCUGAUGAGGAAUCUAAAGCGAAGGCGAAGGACCGAGUUCGAGCAGCAGUUAGAAGUACUUCGGCAAGUGGUGGUGGCCACCAGCAGCAACAGCAACUGUUGGACCUCUUGGGUAUCAACUUGGAUAAUCUUCAAGCUGUGAUGGCUGACGUGGGAGGCGACCAAGGGGCUCCUCCGGCAAGUCGAGAUGCACGCAACGAAUUGCGUAUGGUCACGCUGGAGGAGGACGAGCUAUGUGUGAUGUGCCAGGAGGAGAUGAAGCAGGGUUCAAAGGCUAAGAAAAUGCCAGAGUGUGGGCAUGUAUUUCACGACCAUUGUAUUAUGGAGUGGCUCGAACGACACAAUACUUGUCCACUAUGUCGUAAUGAUGACCUGCAGACUGAGAAGAAAGCUUUCGACGAUAUUGCGGAGAAGGUGCGCCUCAGUCGGAAAGCUGAACGGACCAGCGGACUGUAUGCAUAGGUUUUAUCGAUUCUCCACGUUCCUGGUAUCAACCCUUUUUGUUAUCGUAUCGUCACUAUCAAACACCCGUUUAUACACCCUUC